CAGUGCUAAUUGCUUCCCCACCUGCCCUCUUCUGCCUGUCUCCUGGCCUCCACCCCUCACUCCACCUCCCUCCAAAAUGAGAUGGCCUGUAACUGUCUGUCAUUGGAGACAGACGAUGACACAUGUAACAGCAGCAGCUCACAAGAACCAGUUCCCAGCCCUUGCCCCUAAAGAUUUCUGGUAUUUCCAUUGCUUGCUGUCUGCCUUUUGUGCGUAUGCGCACAUGUGUGUGUGUGUGUGAGAACUGAGUGUGUAGUGGUAUUAACAGAAGGAUCCUCCUCUCUGCACUGCUAGUCGGAGCUCAUUUGCUGGUGUGGAGCAGUACUGAAAAGAGAGGCAGCAUUUAUGUUCUUUGCCAGUAUCAGCUGGCUUUGUUGAAGCGCUGGGAAAUAACACUGAAGAGUGGAAUUCUUUUUCCUGAAGUAUUGCAAUGUUUCUGGUGCAGUAUACAGGUCUUAACCAACUGCCCUUUGACCCUGCCAGUAACAAUGAAGCUCUGCAGUUUACUAGCACCAAUGGACCACUUAUAACAGAAUGCCCUGCUGAGAAAAGUGGAGAAACAAGCAAGAAAAGGAAACGAUCCAGUGUCCUUCAAGAUGACCUUUUGAACAUUAGCAUGGAAUCUGGCUCUGGAGGGGUACCAGUGUCAGAUCAAGCUGCCUGGGCCACAGCAAUGAACAACCUUGGAAUGGCAUCCUUGGGAAUUUCAGGGCAGUCGCUCCUAACAGGUACUGAUUUUGAUGCUAGCCUUGGCAUGAUGACUGGGAUUCCACCCAUAAACCCACUGAUGCCUGGAUUAGGAAUGGUUCCUCCAGCAAUACCGUCUGAUAUGCCAGUUGUAAAGGAGAUCAUUCACUGCAAAAGCUGUACACUUUUCCCACCUAGGAACCUCCCUCCUCCAUCUACUAGGGAGAGACCACCAGGAUGUAAGACUGUCUUUGUGGGUGGCCUGCCUGAAAAUGCUACGGAACAGAUAGUCACUGAGGUUUUUGAACAGUGUGGAGAAAUCAUAGCCCUUCGGAAAAGCAAGAAAAACUUCUGCCACAUACGAUUUGCUGAAGAGUAUAUGAUUGAUAAAGCGCUGUAUUUGUCUGGUUAUCGUAUGCGACUGGGAUCCAGUACGGAUAAAAAAGACACUGGCCGUCUGCAUGUGGACUUUGCACAGGCUCGUGAUGACCUCUAUGAGUGGGAAUGUAAACAGCGAAUGCUGGCACGAGAAGAGAGACAUCGACGGCGCAUGGAAGAAGAGAUGCAUCGGCCUUUAUCUCCCCCACCCGUAGUUCACUAUUCAGACCUUGAAUGCAGUAUUGUGGCAGAAAAACUGAAAGAUGACACAAAAUUCUUCGAAGCAGUGCAGACUCUCCUUACUUGGCUAGAGCGGGGUGAAGUGAACCGACGCAGUGCAAAUAACUUCUAUACUAUGAUUCAGUCAGCCAAUAGCCAUAUCCGCAGGUUGAUGAAUGAGAAGGACGCACAUGAGAAGGAACUGGAGGAAGCCAAAGAAAAGUUUAAGCAAGGUGUCUCUGGCAUUCUGACGCAGUUUGAGCAGAUAAUCGCAGUAUUCCACUCUUCCAUGAAGCAAAAGGCAUGGGACCAUUUUACGAAACCUCAGCGCAAGAACAUUAGAGUUUGGUGCACGCAAGCAGAGGAGUUACAUAGCAUCCAUAGUGAUGUGUUGAUGGGAAUACGAAGCGAAGAAGAAAUGGAAAUGUCAGAUGAUGAAAUGGAAAUGCCACCAGAGAAAAAGGACACUGAUGAAUCAGCACUGACUUCCCAGGUGGAGGCCUUGAAGGAAGAGAAUGACAGCUUACGGUGGCAACUGGAUGCUUACAGAAAUGAGGUUGAGUUAUUAAAACAGGAGCAGGGUAAGACAAAUCAAAGCGAAGAAGACACAGUCAGGGAACAGCAAUUCAGACUAUUACAACAGGCACUACAAGGCAUGCAACAGCACCUAUUAAAACUUCAAGAAGAAUACAAAAAGAAAGAUUUGGAGUUGCAAAAAGUUGCAGAAGAAAAGCUACAAACGGAAAAGUUGCUUCAGUCUCUUAAGGAAAAGCAACAGACGGCUGAUGAAGCUGACAAGGAAAAAGAGACAAGCAGUAAUCAAGAAAAUGACAUUAGCUUUUCAACAAUAUCAGGGUCAAGUCAGGAAAAGGAAUACCCUCAAGAACGAGAUUUCACAAGCCCUAUCCAGUCCGAAAGAGAAGCACUAUUAGUAGGUAUAAUUUCAACAUUUCUUCAUGUUCAUCCAUUUGGAGCCAGCAUAGAAUACAUCUGCUCAUAUCUACAACGUCUAGAUGCAAAGAUUUCUACCUCUGAAGUUGAAGCUGUCAUGACUCGAUUACAACACACUUUCAAGCAAGAGUUGACAGGUGUUGGAGCAAGUUUGGAGAAAAGAUGGAGAUUUUGUGGGUUUGAUGGACUUAAAAUGGUUUGAACAUGUAGCUUUAGCUAACAGAAAAGCCUAAAAGAAUGUGCACAUUUCCAAAGCCUUCAGGAUGAAUUUAAAUUCUUUAACAGUCUUAAGAGAGAAUGUUGCAAAAGUACCGAUGCCUUCCAAAAAAUACCAGAGGCAAAGUCAAGUAUACUAGCCAGUUUUUGCCUGGAAUGGACAGGAAUAAAGAACGUUUUAAUCAAACCACAAGUGCUAGGAGUUCUGCUUAAACAUCUCUUAAUGUGAAUGAUUCAUGUAAAGGGUUAAAUAGUCACUGUAUGUCUUCACUACUGUAUGUAAAAUAUGUUUCCAAGGAAAACACUGAUCAGUAUAUGUUAUACCAUUAUGAGUGCAGUCUUUUAUUCCAAAAGCUCUCUUUCAGAUGCACAAAAGGGUUUCUUAGUAUCUUUGCAAACAUCCCAAAAAUAUUGUUCAAAUUUAAAUUUGGGCUUUGAAAAUGAGAUACAAGGAAUCUACUUCUGAUUUAAAGAGCUAGUAUGCUGUUUAAAAUUAAAUGUGACAUUGUCAUCAGUUACUGUAACUUUCUUGGCUGAUUUGCUAAAUUGGGGAUUUUUCUGCCUGACAGUGCAUGGAGUCAUGCUUAGAGCAGUAUUUCACAUGAGCAAUGGAACUUUUUACAUCUCUUCUUUGUGUACGUUAGUAAAAGCCUACUGCCUUCUUGUAUUUAAAUUAGUUGGCUAGUGCGAACUGUUCCAUUUCCGCCACUCCAUUUUCUCAGCAGUGAUAUACAGUAAAGAAGGGACAAAGUAUGUAUUUACAUCAUGGCCCAUUGCUUCAGAGAUUAGCAUACUUGGGAGUGGUAUAGAAGAAAAUGCACUGUAGUUUUUCCUGCAUGUACUAAAGCUUUUAUACUCACUAGUGGGAAAAUAGGACACCACAGAGAUUUUAGGUGCUCUACUAUUAUCCUCCUUACUGACAUUUCUUCAAUGGGAUUUUUGCAGUAAAUACUGCUGCUCUCCAUCACCUGCUACUAGUAUUUUUUUACUUUGAACACUCAGCUGUCAGAUCUCACCCUAUUUUUUGAAAAGCAUGCUGUAAAUGAGUGUGCCUGCAGAUGCUAAGUUCUGCUUCAGGGUGUGAAUGAAAAGGACAUUUCCUACUUCUACCCACAGAAUGAGACACAGUUGUUGGCAGAACUCAUGCCAGUCUCCAUAAGAUGCAUAACUGAUUUGUAAGGCAAAUCUCAUCUCUGAUUAAAGACAAAAUGCAAAACACCAAGUCCAUUCACUCCCUGUUAAAACACAUUUUUAACUGAUUUUCAUCAGUCACUUUUGCUGGAAGCAGUCAGAGAAGUUCAUAGAGCUUGCUAUAUUUCCCCUUUGAAUGGAAGGCUCACUUUGCUAAGCAGAAGGAUGAUGGCAAACAAAUGUAGAAGCAAAAAGCCAGUUAAGUAAGAGUAGUUGGACCAGUCUUUGUUAGCCAUUUACUUCUUCACAACAACAAUAUACAGACUGGGAAACAGAUAACUCUUCAUGACCUGUACUAGCAUCCACAGAUGAUGCAUUUGCCUGCUGUACUCCUGGGACUUCUGCUCUGUAUAUCUCCUUUUUAGUUAGUGGACAAGUCUUGCAGAUGCCACCUGGUCCUUCUCAUAAGUGUCGAAACAUUUGUGAGUAGAGUUUAUUGCCUCCUAUAAGUGUAGCAGGUGAGAAACACUGAUGUACAGAUUUAAAACUUCUCACUUUGGACAUUUUACCUUCAGGAGUUUCCUCAGUGGCAUCUAGCCUCAUGUUAGCCAUGCAGACAUUUGGUGGUGCCCCAUAUCAUUAGGCCACUGCUGGCUUUUAAUAUCAUCAGAAGUGAACACUCAUACCUGACUCAGUGCUUCAAAAUCAGAUACUGAUCCUAGGUCACCAUCAUGUCUGUGCAGUGCCUGAGUGCUUAAUAUCUCAGCUCUUAGAAGAACAUCAUUUCAUGGACUUCUGUUACAAACUUUUCCAAACAUUUUGUGCCGGUGGUGGUGUCCAAGAUCCAUCUUACACUGUCCAGCUGUCUUUGCCAACAGCAUAGAUUUUCCAUCUUCCUGUAGUCCCCUGUGCCAGUCUCCCAUGUCAAGUUGCUGAGUGAAUUGCUCCCUGCAAAAAUAUGUGCUCAUGUAGAACAUUUGUAUUGCCACGAAUGUUCAGUUACUUGGACUUCAGACAUGUGGUUUCAAUAAGAUGGUCUUCAGUCUAGUUGUGAGGAACCACCCACAACAAAGUCAUAACUGACACAACCAUGUUGUGCAGCGUCCACCCUUCCAUUUGUGUAAAAAGAAGUACUUUCACUGAAACUAGUGCUUCAUAAAUAGCCACCUUUCACAAGAGACAAAGAUCAACUUCAACAAGUAUUCCACCAGGGGAUGACUGAUGAUCUAAACAAACCUCAAUUUGCUCUGCACUCUACAAUGGAUCCAGCUUGGAAAUAAUGAGCUGCAAACAGAAGAUUGCUUCAUUGUAUACAUCCACCAGCUUACAGAUCUAAUGAUAAGCAGGUAGUUCUGGUGGUGACAGAGAAAGGCCAAAUCCUGGUGGUGCCAGAAAUGUCCACACAUUUAGUCAAGCUGCCAAGUAUCUGGUCCCACCAGGGCACUUCAGCUUUUAAGUGAGGGAUAUGUUCCAGGGAAAGUCAACCAGAUAAUACUAAAACUUUUGGGUGCGAGAAUCUUGCUCUACUUUUUCCUUUUCUCAAAGAAAACUAAAAAUGUGUAUCUUCUUUACUUUGCAGCCUUACCAGAUCUACCUGAUACAGGAAGUGCAGAGGGUGCCCCAGAUUACAUGGACGUGCUGUUCCCUGUUAAGGUUGAUUAGUUGUAGGUGAUCUUGCAAUGUGUAAGAGGUCUUUCUUCACAAAACAAAUAUCUGAGGAUAUCACAGAAUGUCUUCUGCAUUAAGAAUGAAAGCAGUCCUUUUUAGUUUAUGGAUCAAAACUUUUAUAAACAUACAUUUAACCUGCUCACUACUUACUGAAUAACUGUAAAUUUACCUUUUCCUGGAAUCUCAGUGCUACUGCUGCACACGUUCUCAUUUGUCAAUUAUACUGUGUCUGAUAGCCACCAGAUUUCUUCUCACCUUUCUAUGUCUUAAACUACAUUUAUAGUUUCCCUUUCUCCCUACAUAAUGACUUGUUUUCACUACAUUUAGAGUUUACUCUCUUACUAUCUUUUUUCAUUACCAUUAAUUUCCUCAGCACUCUCCAAAUUAUUAAAAUUAAUCCUUGUAAAAUCUGAGAGACCAAGUUAUAUUCCAGUUUUGCUUAUGUAGCAUCCAUCUUAGGAGUCUUUCAUGCAAUUUUGAUGCAUGUCUAAAUACCUAUAUAGUAUUUUUUUCAGCUGAAUAUGCAUACCAUUUUUAUUACUUUAUGGUAUGUCAUAUGGAGCUUAUCUCUUCAGACUUAUGCUGAAAAGGGGUAAUAUGCCCAGAUGGACUAGCCCUAGAAACAAGUGUAAGUAAAUAGUUCAGAACACAGCCUUUCAUCUCAUCAUCAUGCCUCAUUUGUCUUUACAAUAUGACUGGUCACAGUAGCAGCCUGGAUUACAUCAGAAGGAGAGAUUUUUUUUUCUCAGUAGUAAAGACAGUUCAAGAAGAUAGUUUACAGUGAACAUUUUCAGCUCCUUAAGCACUGCUGCUAGUUUGCAGACUUUGAGUCUGUACUUAUGUCAAGCACACAGCUGAUCUGAAUGCAUAUGGACUCCUACACAAUCCUAGUUUUCUUCUCCAGGACAAAGACAAUCAUGUUACUAUUAUUGUUGUGAUCCUAUUUCACUUACCUAGGGCAUUAGUAUUUCAGAUCUGCCAGUUUAAGGUGCUGUUGAUUCUUAUAAAGCUUGUUGGGAUGGUAGCAAGCAGUGCCAGCAAGGUUAAGGUGAUCUGGUAGCUGAAGUAGAGGUCUUACUGUGCCAGUUUUGGUUCGGGAAGUAUGCUUCUGACUACCAAACCUUUCUUAGAUGGUAAGAACCUCUGCAUCAUUAGAGGCACAGAAAGUCAAUCUCACAGUGGGAAAAGUUUAAGCUUAAAGGUGACAGAAAAAGGUUUUUCUUCCACAUCAACUUCUGCUAACACAGACUGAUAUAUGUGACUCCAGAAACUGGAAUAUAUUCUAUGUCCUUGUUCCACCUGCAUCCCAGUAACUCCGUGUAGUGUUUUGGUAAUUGAUCAUUGGGAUUGGGGGUCACUCAACCUUGUCAUUUUAGUGAGGGCCCAGAAAACAGAAUUUUUGAGCACAGAAUUGUGCAUUAGGUCUGUAUACAUUGUGUUAAAAUUAAACUUGUGAUGUGAGAUGGAAAACUAUCACUAGUGGCAUAAACAGCAGCUGUAUCAGGAGGAAUGGUUUAUCACGUGCCAUUUUUUUUUUAAUCCAUUGAGGAUGCUUUAUAGUUUUAUUUCUUAGAGUCAACAGUAACCUCAGAGACCUCUUAUGACAGCACUAGAGGCUACAUUACAGCUACUCCCUUCCCCAUGCUGUUAUUAAAGGCAUGUGAAAUUGCCCACUUAAGUUUGGUUGCAGAAUUUUGGCACAGAAAACAGUGGCUUUUUCUAACACUACCAGUGACUUCAGAAUCUCUUGAAUACUUUUCACAGAAUUUUAACAUGUGACACCAUAAUAUACAUGGGAAAGAAUCCCAUUUCAGUCUGAAAUCAGUAAACCUGCAUGCAUUGCUUCUCAAUAUUCAGCUCAUUUCAGGGUAUUACAACUAUCCACAGAUUGCAAGAAAGUACACAAAAGAAAUCACGGACAUUAAAAGCGUACUUGGCAAAUGGGGACGAUUCACUCUUUUUUUGAGCUACUAGUUACAUUAACCCUUUAUUUGCAUCCAUAAUGGAAGGGCUUGACUGUUCGACUCUGCUCCUUAUUGUAGCCAGUUCUGAUAGACACAUGGGGUGGAAUAAUACUGUUCUGCACUGAUUAGUUUAAACUUAUCAGGUUUCAUUCAUUCCUUAUGCCUAUACCCAAGAGAAGUGGGGGAUUGUAGCUGUCUAGAAUGUGAACUGUUUUUUGGAAAAUCUGCCAUCUCUUCAUUUUAGCCUGCAUCAUUUAAUUGACAGCUAAUUCUAUUCUCUGACAAUGUGUUUGGUACCAUUAUAUCAAACUAACGUUUUUCUUAUCUUUUCUUAAACAAGUAUCAAGACUUUUUCCACAUAGAAUGGAUCCCUCUCGCUAAAACCAGUUUAUUCAUUUACUUUUGCCACUCGUGUCUGAUAGCAAAGGGGAAUAACACAUUACACAUGAUAUUUACUUAGGCUAUAAAGACAAUAAAGUACUGAAACAAUAUCUUUCUUACUGCAACACUUUCUGCUGCAAGACUUAUGGGAAAACCCUUGGUGGAGAUAAAGGAUUAUUUGUUAAGGGCUAAGCCUACCUCUGCUCCAUAUUCAGGAGCACUCUGAUAAAUAACUGCACUUUGGCCAUGUAGCCUUCAAGCUAUGUCUGUACUAGGUACUGAACACAAUGUAGCUUCCAGAAAAGGACCUAGCAUUUUGAAUAUGUGGAGCAUACUCUUCCAAGCCAUCCUCUUCUUCCAGCUUAAGUUUCAUUUUUUUUUCCAGAUUUGCUGCUUGAUUUUUGUUAUUGUUGGUUCAAAGAAAAUACAAGUUCUAGCUGCCAUAACUGUAGAUUCUAUAAAUGUUGCUGCUGCAGUCUGUUACUUUUCACUUGCCCUGGUCUAGGUUGUUUUCUAAAAUAUUAUGUAAUUGGUUUACAUAAUUCCUGUACUAUAUGCAUUCUGGGAUGCCCUCAUGCUACAAUGCCUUUUGAAGGAAAGAAAUGUUUGGCAUCUUAAAAAUUACAAAUUGGAAAGAAUUGUAGGCCAUGGACCACUGAUUAUAUGCCACAUGUGAUUGGCAGCUGAUGUCAUUUCAUAGACAGCUCCCUCCAGAUAAGUACUAGAAGACAAGUAAGGCUUGAAUCCUAUGUCUCAGUGGCAUGUGUCUAUCACUAGCAUCUGCAGUAACUGUUGAUCUGUAAAGUGUAAUGUAUGAGAGACAAUACAAUACUGCUAAUGUACAGAAAGGAAACAGAACUAAAGACUAUACCAUUGAGGUAAAGUGCUAUGCAGUAUCAGCCAUUUACUUUAUACUCUCAGGUACAAUUUUAAAAAAAAAUGGCAAAUGUGAACAUUUUUCACAAAAUGAAAGAUGACUACUUAAAAACAUUUAAUGGUGCUACUAGCCCUUUAAGCUGGAAACAUAAAUUAAACUGUUGCAUAAAAAUAUGAACUAUGACAAUGACUGAUUCAUGGAAACAGCAUUAUGUCACAGUUAAAGUACACUGUUAAGUCAUUACUCUGGGAUAGCCUUUCAUUACAGCUUUGUAUAGCCCACCUAGAGAAGACUUUAGACAUUUGUCAGACUUUUGUACAAGAUUCAUUUUACCUGAAUUGAAUGGAAGUCUCAUUCCAAUUCUUCAAAUGUGCAAAUGUUAAUGUUCAAGGAAGAUAACAGAAUCUUUUAUCAUUUAAAAAAAAAAAGAAAUUGGACUUUAACAUAUAUUUACUUUGUGCAGGCCCUACUGUCAAUUUUAUAUCCUUUUUUUCUGUCCAUGUUUUUAGGCUUGAAGAUUUUGUACAGUUGGUUUUAUUAUGUUCACAAACAUGUUGCAAGAAUGUAACUGCUAGCAUCCAUGAAUCUGCAAAAACAAAAAAAAAGGGUAAUCAUGAAAAUGUUCUAGCAUAAUCAUGCUCCUUCUGCUUUUUACCAGUUUACUAUUUAGCAUUACACGUUUUGACUGGGGGCUUCUGUAUUGCUUUCAUUACAGAUGUAUAGCCAGAUUGGGAUAUUUUUGUAAGUCUACUUUAAUUUGAAGUAAAGCUGUGUGAUAGUGCUCUGAUUAAAUGCCAGGAUGAAUAGAAGCUACAUGUUUGUUGACUGACAUUAAAGCAGGAGUUUGUGUUGCAGCACAUAGCUUGUACAGUACAUAUGACUUCCUACUCCUUUGUCAAGUAUCCUGGUUCUGUUGGGAAAUACAACUAUCUUGUGCUUGAUUCAAAUGUACAUUGUUUUGAGAUUUCAAAUAUUUACUAAGCACCAAAAAUUGCUGUUAAUGUAUCUUUAAAUCAAUUCAACCAGCGUGAACAUAGCUGACAUUCUGCAGAUGGCAUAUAGUACAUGUAUGAAAAUUAUAAUGCUAAUGUAAUAUACUUUAAAUCACAACUGAAAAUUAUUUAUGUUGUUGCAUAUAUAAACAAACUACCUACAGUGGUAGUAUGUAGCUCGCAGAAGAGUGAAGAAUUUUGUUACAAAGAUAACUAUGUGCAGUAUAUGAGGUGUACUACCUACCUUGAAGUUCUGCCUUAAGAAGAAUUUGUUGAGGGAAUAAUUUGUACAGGCAGAAAUCUGCCAUGUUUAAAGUUGUACAUUUUAGAAAUAAAGAUUUUUUUUAAUUUAAAAUA